AUGUUCCUCGCAAAGAGAGAAUCCAAGGUCAGGAAGAUUGUGGAUGGCAAAAACAUAAUUUGGGUAUCUGACAAGUAUCACCACUGCACUCAAGUCUUGGUGCAUUUGAACGGUAUGACGCCAGCGCUGGCACAAAUAACGCUGGAGACUAGACUUAACACGGUCGUUCUCAGGGUCAGAAAUGUCUGUGGAUUCUGGGAAGCUACGCCGUACUUUGCCGAACUCUUUGUGGGUCUUAAAGUUCCGUCGAUCCUUAACGUAAAGUUUCCCAUGGACAUUUGGCUACGUGAAGAUAACGAGCAUAUGAGAGUGCUAUACUACGAAAUAUACAAAGUUCCCAGUAUAGUUAUGGUGCCAAGAACGGGCCAUAACAGCGGAAAGGUUGUUGACAGGAGAAGGAGGAUUUGGAAGACCAAAAAGAGCAAGAGGAUACUCUGCCUAAAACUCCAUCCCUCCGAUGAUCCCGUUCUUUUACACAUUGUAACAAUGAGCAUGUCUGGAAAGGUGAAGAACAAGUACUUCGCCAGGCAGUCAAAUGGGAACUGGGAGGUCAUUAACAAGUAUGGAUAUUUGCGAAUGCUCCAUGAUGAAUUGCGUGCCCAGGUACUCAGGGAUACAGUUCAAGAUCUGGAAGAAGAUUCCGAAGAUGAGGAGGAAGAAGAGGAAGAGGAGAAAAAGAAAGAACCUGAAGUGGAAGAGCAAUUGUUAAUCAUACUUUGA